AUGACAAUAACAAAAUUAGAAGAUCUUUCGGUCGAGUUGUUCUACGAAAUAUUUAUUUAUUUCCAGUUUCAUGAAGUAUUCAAUAUUUUUUCUAAUCUCAAUUCUCGAUUUGCUGCUAUUGUUAAUAGCAUGCCACUUAUGCCUGUUUAUUUGGGUCUAAAUGCAAUGAGUACAACAGUAACUGAAUUCUAUUACACACAUUUAUCACAAUCGAACAUAUGUGAACGUCAUAUUUCAUUAUGUGUUUCAAAUGAAUUAGCUUUUGAUAAUGGAUUAUGGUUUGCAUCACAUGUAUCUACAUUCAAUAAUCUUCGUCAUUUAUCCUUAAUCGACAUUAAACGUUCUUCUUUCGAAUUGAUUAUUAAUGCAUUCUCACCCAAUACUCCUCUCAUCAUGUUUGCAAUACGAUUUUCAACUUAUACUCGUGCUGCUUAUACAUAUGUAGGUGUGUCUGAAGUUGCAUAUUACGAACAAAUCUUUCACUUAUGUCCUUCUUUACGUGGAUGUGAUCUACGUUUCUGGCGAUACAUAUACGACACUCUAGACGAUCAAAUAGUUCUAUCAUUUGAUGAAGGUUUCAUGCCAAUUGAAACAAGUCUUUUUAACUUAUAA